UCUUUGGUCUUCGUGAUUUUCUGUCGCGUUCAAUAAAAAAAAAAUUUCAAAAAAUAAAAGUGCAAGAUGUAUCACAAAAGUCUUUGGAUCACUUUACUAUUCGCGAUCUUUCCCUACGCAAGUCCUGGGAACGUGUCAAAGGGUGUCUGUGGAUGUUCAGUUAUGAGAAAAGACGAUCGACACCCGAUUUUUGAAAAUAACCUUCAAAUUAAUGUCCCAUGUGAUAAAGAAGGAACGGAUACAUGCCAGAGACUUUGCAUCGCUUUGGCAGAAAGCGCCAAGGAAGAGGCACCGAAUGUUAUUUGUGAAAAAUUGAAUGAGACUGUGAUCAAUCUCCAGGUGGAACUAUACUCGAAAAUCUGUGAUGACGCUGAAUGGAAAGCAACUGGUUUAAAAAAUAUUGAACCACUUUGUUGCAAGGACGGAAAAUCUACUAUGUGUUCACUAAUGUAUUAGUCUCCAUCUUAAAAGAGAAUAUUAAUUUCUACAAUAAUCUAGGUGAAUAAUCAUACUAGUCUCAGGAAAUAUUCGCAAAGAAAAAUUAUUAAUCGUCAAGAAGUAUUUAAUACUGCAUUUCAAAUAAAAUUAUUCAUAUCCGUUAAUUAGUAAAAGUGAUAAUAAAAAUAUGUUCAUAUCUGCCACGUGAGAAUUAUUCAAUUAUUCUGCUGU